GAAUACCGGGAACUCAUCCUGCUAUAUGUAUAGAAUGCUUUAUAAUUAUUAGUAUUAGUAUUAAUAUUAUUAAUAUUAUUAUUACCACUAACUAUCGGUCGUAGUGGUGGUUGCCUUCUUCAGCAUAUCUUUUUGGUGCGCGUAGUGUGCAGGCAGCGGAGAUUUGAAAAAUUCACCUUAAACCUCAUUACUAAUGAAGUACAAGAACAAUUAUUGAAAUACAUUCAGAAACCCGUAAACCAUGACAUCAGAAGAAAAUAAGGGGUCGGCGUUGGAACAGGGGGUUGUUCCACAAGCAGCACCCAAAUCUUUAGAAAAAGUUAAACAUAUAAUAUUAAUUUUAUCAGGAAAAGGUGGGGUAGGUAAAUCAUCAGUAACAACUCAAACUGCAUUAACUUUAGUUAAUAAAGGAUUUAAUGUGGGAGUUCUAGAUAUAGAUUUAACAGGGCCAUCUUUACCUCGAAUGUUUGGAGUGGAAAGUAAACAAGUUCAUCAAUCUGUUGCAGGUUGGGUGCCUGUAUCUGUAUAUAAUAAUAAUCAUAAUAGUAAUAAUGACAAUAAUAUCAAACGAGGUAAUUUAUCAUUAAUGUCACUUGGAUUCUUAUUAGGUAAUCGUAAUAAUUCAGUAGUAUGGAGAGGUCCUAAAAAGACUGCUAUGAUUCGUCAAUUUUUAAAGGAUGUAGUAUGGAAUGGUGGUGAUAAUGAUACUCCAUUAGAUUACUUAUUAAUCGAUACACCUCCAGGAACUUCUGAUGAACAUAUUGCUAUAGCCGAAGAAUUAAGAUGGGCUUCACCUAUAGAUGGAGCCAUAAUAGUUACUACUCCACAAGAUGUGGCUACUGCUGAUGUACGUAAAGAAAUAAACUUUUGUAAAAAGGUCAAUUUUGAUAUUAUAGGAGUUGUAGAAAAUAUGAGUGGAUUUAUAUGUCCUUUUUGUUCAGAAUGUACCAAUAUAUUCCUGAGUGGAGGUGGAUCGAAAUUAAGUCAACUGUUGGAUUUAACAUUUUUAGGUAAUAUUCCCAUAGAUCCUAAAUUUGUAGAAAUGAUAGAAUUGCAAGAUAAUGAUACUAAAAAAUUAAUAGAUUUAUAUGAUGGUUGCGAAUUAAAACCAAUAAUGGAAGGAAUUAUUGAUAAGGCUUUACAAAAGAAUUAUCCGGCACGAUUUUAAAUUGAUUAUUAUCUAUAAAGGGAAAUGCAUUUUUAUUUAAAUGAAACUAAUA